UCUGUACACGCCGGGCUGACUCCCUCUCCACGCCGCUGGGCAGCCGCCGAUCACGCGUGGCCCCCGCUCGCCCAUUGGCCGCGGCCACACACACCUUUGCCGGCGAUUGGCCGCCUCCCGCGCCCGCCUCCCCCGAUGCCGAACUGGGGAGCCGCCACCUGAAUGGGGAGCUGCAAAAAGAGAAAAAUAAAGGCAGCACCCAGCAGAGAGCGCCCGGGGCGGCGGGGGGAGAGAGAAGGCGCUUAGCAACAGCCAGGGCUGGGGACACAAAUAAAGGGCUUCCAGUAAGACCAUGCUGAAUUUUGGAGCGUCCAGUUUCCAGGUAGCUGAAGAAAGAAUGGAGCAGCAAGUUAAAAAGUGUUCUUGGAAUAAAACCACUGAAAAAAGUGAUUUUGAAGCUGUGGAGGCUCUGAUAUCCAUGAGCUGCAGUUGGAAAUCAGACUACAAGAAGUAUGUUGAAUUGAGACCGAUAACUCCAGCAUCAGAUAUAUCAGAAGAAUUCGAGGAUAACCUGCAACCUGCUGUUGACUUUCAUGCAAUAUCAGCCUUUUGUUUGACUCCGCCCUACAGCCCUUCUGACCUUGAAAUGUCUCAAGCAAUUAAUCCGGCAUCACCAUCAGCUGUACAGAGCAAGUCAGUUACUAACAUGUCCGGUCAAACUUCUCCCUCUGCUGUUAAAGAGACUGACAAAGUCUCAGCAUCAAGAGAGAUGAAAGCUCAGGCAACAAGUGUUAUUCGCCACACCGCGGAUGCUCAGCUUUGCAAUUGCAGAACCUGUCCCUCGAGAGCAGCCAGCAUUCUGAAUUGUCAGGAUGGUAACGAGAAGAAAACAAGUCAACAGGAUGAUGCUGCAGCAAGUGAAAAUCCACCGUGUGAAAAUGUGUCACUGAAUACUGCGCUUGCUGCAAAUGUCAAGCUGCCUGAUGUGCAAGAUAAAAUAUGUCCGAUGCUAACUGUUAACCCAGUGCAUUUUGCCCAGCCUGCACUUAACUGUACCCUACCAGUCCAUGGAUCAGCGCAGCUGCCUCCUUCGCUGGUAGUUCCUACAUCUCCUGUACAAGCUGGCGGAGUCCCUUCUAUGCCAUUAGUCUGUCAGAUGGUUCCACUGUCUGCUAACAACUCCCUUGUGACAACAGUAGUUCCCAGCCCCCCUUGCAGUCAACUACCAUCAAACUUUUGCCAGCCAAUGGUGUUUAUGGGAACUCAGGUUCCCAAAGGAGCUGUUAUGUUUGUCGUGCCCCAGACUGUCGUUCAGAAUCCUAAAGCUCCCAUAAUCAGUCCUAAUGGCACCAGACUUUCUCCUAUUGCUCCUGCUCUGGGUUGUACUCCUGUUGCAAUGAAGAUCACUCCAUCCGUUGAUUCUCUGAGAAUAAGAAGUCAUAUUUGUAACUAUCCGGGAUGUGGAAAAACUUAUUUCAAGAGUUCCCAUUUGAAAGCCCAUGUGAGAACUCACACAGGAGAGAAGCCGUUCAGUUGCAGUUGGAAAGGCUGCGAGAGGAGGUUUGCACGUUCUGAUGAACUGUCUCGCCAUCGCAGAACGCACACGGGUGAGAAAAAAUUUGCCUGCCCUAUGUGCAAUCGUCGGUUCAUGAGGAGCGAUCACUUAACGAAACAUGCACGUCGCCACUUAUCAGCUAAGAAGUUACCAAACUGGCAAAUGGAAGUGAGCAAGCUAAAUGAUAUUGUUGUACCACCUAAUGCUGCACCUGCAAAGUGAAGUAUUGCCAUCAGAAGAUACUGUCAAAUAACUGUUGUUACUAUGAUUGGCAUAAUGUCAAACCAACUUUCAAAAUAAGUCUGUGGUUCUACAGUGUCAGCCGUUGAUGGCUGUUAGAACAGACAGUGGUGAUGACUCUGAUGUACUCCUGGGGGAAAAAACAGUCAUAGGGGACAGUCGGUUUCUCUUGUGCAGGGAACAGAGAAAUGUAAGUGUCAAGCAAGAGUGAAAUUCUUAACACAGGAAAACCACUUGUAUGCACUAUAGAUCAACCCAAGUAUAAGCCAGAUGUAUGUUCUUAGGCUUAAACCCGGAGAGGAAUAAACAGUCUAGUACAGAACCAGGUAAUGUGAGUUAUACCAAAGUGCUGUAACCUCAUUUUUAGGCAGCAGAUAAUGUUUGAUUCAUUCUCCUUUGUUGUUCAAGGCCCAGUCAUCCUUUGUUGUUCAAGGUCCAGUCAUCAGAGUGGUGAAACUCUGGUUAUCAGCCUUGUGAUUAUAUCCAUCCCUUAGCAUAUCAAAUGUAGCUAAUUUUGCCAACUUAAAAUGUUAGGCAUUGAAUUGAUUCAGGAAAUGUCACAUGGAUGGGGAAGGUUGACAAACCCAAAGUUGAUCCAUUUCAUGCACAUCUGAUAAUAUUUUUGCUAUUCCUUUUGAAAACAUCAUGAUUAGUGCUAUUAGCUGUACUUCAGCAUCUUCUGAUGCGUCUGCUUCUACGUUGCUUAUGGUUUCGUUUAUACAAUGACAUUCUGUACCGUUGAAUUUUUCAAAUCUUGCUACAGUGCACUUUGUUUAAAAUGUAAUCUUAAGAGCAAAUGGAGGCUGUUUUGUGGAGGAAGGACAAGAGUAGUAUGUUACGCUACUUUCUGAAAAUAUUGCUCUGGAAGAUAUACAUCUGUCGUAAGCUAAGUGGCCUUUAUAUGUUGAAGAUGUUAUGAUGUGUUAAAUCGGAAAUGAGGGGUUGUUUGAGAAGCGAAAGGAUGUCAAGAUACCAAAUUAGUACACCAUGAUUAUUAAAACCAGUUUUCUUGGUGGUUAUUUCCAUCUUCUACACUAUUGGUGAAGAAUAAACUGCUGGAGAGUGGUAUAAUAUCUAUUUUGUGACUACUUUAGAAUUUUGCACAAUAUUUCUUAUAUUGUACUUUAUACCUUGUUUACAAUAAAUAUCCAGUUUUGUGUAAUACA